UCAAAUGCCCUCAUUGCACUUGUUUUAGAUCGUAGUGCUGGGCCCAACCACUAGAGGGCGUCAACAUGGGCGUGUAGUGACCUGCAGCAGGCCAGUGGGCGGGAGCUGCGACACCUGAAGCGUUAGACAUUGGUCCUUGCGUGCCUAGGGGCGGAGCCUAACGAGCCUUGCAUUAAGCAGCGGAGUUUAAGGUGUACGCGGGCGAGGGUGCUCGGUCUAAGGGGAGACCGCUCUUCUCCGAUGUUUUCUCUCUCACUGACAUUGGAGGACAAUUUCAAUAAGGUGGUCAGCGAGGCGUGAACGCCGAGGAAGACGGGUGUCACUGUCGGUGUAUGAGUCCGUUCGGGGACUGCACGAGACUGAAGGAGACAAGAGUAUCUGUUACAGACCUGCAAUCUAGGAUAGCCUCUACACAUUGCAACGUGGACAGGCGCAUUUCAUCUUUAUCGUCUGCUAGGACAACUCGCACGAAACGGAACGAAGAAAGAUUGUCCUGCUCAACUAAUUCGCCCCGUCCCGUGUGUGGUUCACGUCCGAGUUCAUCCAGCCGUACCAGAACAGAGAGACGGCAACAGUUGGCGAAGCUGCGUUGCCUCAAAGGCACUGCUAACUCAAUGCGACAGCCUUUAGAGGCUCGAUGAGCAAGGGCUAGACGCCUGGGAAGACCAAGGCAGGGAUUCCCUUGGUCUUCGCUGUAAGUCGUUGUAAGCCCACGCAACUCAAGACACGGGUUUGCUUCGCCAGGAAGGGCAAGUUUACGUACCCGAAGGUGUGUAAUUUGUGGGGUCGCUGGGCGCAGCAGAAAGACACGUGAGAAGGCCAAGGUAAGCCGAAUGUGUGUGAGUGUGGCUUGAAUUGGUUCGGCCUUUCUGCCCUGAGGCCCUGAGGUGCGCCCCUCACGGAGUCCGGUCAGUGUGGGGAACACUGUUUGCUAGACGGGGCAGACUUACGCCUGGCUAAGCACGCAGUCUCGCCAGCGUCUCCUGAGUACGAUUCAGCGAGCACAAGCCUGGAGACGGUGUUGUUGACAGUAUUAGGGGCAGUGUGCGUACUCGUUGACGUAGUGGUAGCUGUUGUCGCCGCCACCGCGAAUCCCCGGUGACGUGCAAACGGCUGAAACACCGGCACGUUAUUAGAGGCGGUCAUUGCCGAGGUAGACGGGAGGUGAAGAAGGUGAAAAACACGGGGCAGGGGGCAAGGCAAGAAAGUGAUCCGGGAGACGCGUUUAGCUCCCGAAUCGACGCAGUGGUGAAAUCGUGCGUGAAGUGCUAAAAUAGUUGAGGUGUACCGAAAACGAUCGCGAGUAGAAGGGGGUGGCCUAUUCGGUGACUGCGUGGAAGGAGCUUCUUGGGUAGGGAGAGUUCAAGAAUCGUUACGUGUCCCAGUCCAGGUGCUUACCGGCAUGUCUGGAAGCGAAGGGGUGCCUCCCACAGGGGGAGCGACCACGGGGUCAUCGUCCGCGGGAGCCGGUGGUUCGCAGGCGUCACCGCUUAGCUCGUACGGUCUACCAUUCGGCGGGCGUUCACCACAAGGCGGUGUGUCCUACCCCUCCAGUGGCUACCUGCCUUCGGAGCUCCAAUUGAAACAAUGGUCGCAACAGCUGAGCUCGGCAGGAGCUAGCUCGCCGGCAGAUCCCGUCGGAUACUCGCACGGUCAACACGGAUAUCCUACUCCUUUUUCAAGUCCUGAUCCUUUUUCGGGGUUUGCAUCCUGUGGAAUGACAGUGGGUUCUCUUCCUAGCUCACUGGGCUGCAGUCGAGCCCUAAGUCCGCUAUAUCCAUCCAGCGCUGAAAAGGCUUUGCUGGGGCUCGCCGUCGGAAGUGGCAGUGUUGGUAGCGCUAAUGGCAAUGUGCCGACUGGUGGCGUUGGAAGCGGGGGUGCGAUGAAGAAAAAGCCCUCAAAACCCCGCCGGCGUGUGGCCACAGUGGCGCAGAGAAGAGCGGCUAAUAUCCGCGAGAGACGCCGCAUGUUUAACUUGAAUAACGCCUUCGAUCGGCUUCGCAAGAAGGUCCCGACGUUUGCUUACGAGAAACGCCUCUCGCGGAUUGAGACGCUCCGCCUCGCCAUCAUGUACAUCGCGUUCAUGUCUGAAGUUAUUCACCAGGGUCCGGGAGUUCCGCCAUCGCUGAAUGGAAGCCUUAACGGAGUACUCAAUGGAUCGUCGACCGGUACCCCACUCUGUGGCGGAGGAUUUAAUUCCUCGUUACAUUUAAGCAGUACGUUGAGUACAUCGUCUGCUGCGGACGAUGACGACGAAGUCCUAUCCCUGUCCUCGUUCAACUCGACAACUGGCGGUCACCACAAUUCAUCUGGGCAGUAUUCGCCUGGAGUGCACUCCUUCUAGGCUCAAACUAGAGCCGCAACACACCCAUGGAAAAAGAAGGCCACUAGUAAUAGACAAGAAUAAAUUACAUCUCCCAGUGAUGGCCAUUGUUGAGGACUGAACGAAAAUGAACCUGUGUGAAUAAUUUCGGACCAGAGACGAGUGAAAGAGAACCUGAAUCCGACAAUUUACUGUACAUACAUCUUUAAAAAAAACAAUCAUUCCACCUACUUCCUAUUGCAAAAAACAUUUGUUUAGUAUCUAGGCGAAGAGCAACAGAACAGAUAAUUUAUGGUACUAGAUACCGAAGUUUGUUUUACAGCGCAGUAGGUACAGCUCAAAAGCCGGGACCCGAUCUGAAUCUUUCGACAGAACAAAUAUGAUACGUUAUCAAUUAAACCUUUAGACGUAAAGGAUAAUGACAAACAAUUUACAUUAUGAUUUAACGUACAUAGAGCGUUUUCCAUUUGACGGUGAGCCCGUGCACAUAGUGUAGUGACUGAACAUAACAAUAUAAAACAUAAUCUAUAAGAAAUAUAUUCAUACGUACUGCAGCCCUCUUAUCUCUACGAUAGAACUAUAUCCGGCCGCUGAAAGCAAUAGUAGUGCACUGAUUUAGCAAUACCGUUAAGAAACAAGCACAAAUACGAUCUUAAUGUACAUAAAGAGAUUACGUAUAUAUAUUGCGCCAGCAUCUAUUUCCAAGGUCGUGGGUCGAUGACGAUCACAAUAAUAGCGACACGACCUCUCAUGUGAUCAAGAUAUUCUAGUCAUAUUAACAUAACAGUUACUGACACUGAUGAAAUAAACAAACGAGCGUCGAUUGUUUUUCUGCUACACGAGACUAAAAUGCUCCAUGCGUCACAACAAAAAAAGAAACUGGGUAACUCGACUGAAUCAGGGAUAGUAAUGAUGAAUGUAUGGAUAGCAAACGGAGAUCGACUGACUA